AUGUCCCCUUCGAUGCAAGCCGCUUUGGAGUCAACGGUUACUCCGAAACGUAUUGGUGGAAAAUGCGAAGAGAAAUUUGUUGAGGAAAGUGUUUCCAAUAAACCUUCUAAGAGACAGACAAAGAGAAAGAAGAAGCAAGUCAAGUCAUUGGAUGUCAAUAUUCAAGUAAAUAAUUAUGUUCCCACUACGACUCUGAUUCCUGUUCAAACUGAGGAUUCAAUUCCUGUUCAAACUGAUAAGGAGGUUUAUCACAAUAUUUUGCAAGAACCUAUUAUCAAUCUUUCCCAAUCGCAGUCACAAUCACCAACGGUUCCACCUUUCAGUCAACCAAGUACUACAACACCAGUUCCAUCCACAACCAUACCAAUUCCAACUACUACUAUUCUGAUUCAAACAGUUGUUCAAACUCCACCAGCCUCUUCCAUUAGAAUUAUAAAUCCUUUACCUCCACCAAUAUUUACUCAAUCAACCACAACUACCACCGCUUUUAUUACUGCUACACCACCAGUGAUUCAGAAUGAAGAGCGUGUUUCUAAUGAUAAUGAUGAUUUCCAUGUUACAAAGUUAUUUCAAACUUUUUUUGAACCAUUUCUAGAUGCUUCUUUGCUAGAUGAUGAAAGUGAUCUCAAUGAUGAAACUGCUCCUGCUCCUACUACAAGAAAAGACUACCAAAUUUUGAAUCGUAAGCUCAAUGCUUUGGUUCGUAGGGAUAACUCUUUCUCUCUAUCCAAUUUUCAAAAUCUUAUGAUCACUCAUGAGAAUACCUUAAAGAUGAUUCUUGGUGAAAGCAGAAGGUUAUUUGCCGAUCAAGCAAAAUUAAUUGAUGAAGUUACUUAUAAAGUUCAAACUGCUCUCAACACAUCGAACAAUGUUUUAUCCAAAGUUGAUUCCAUUGCCAGUGAAGUAAAGGAAUAUAAUACUUCUAUUCUCUCAGCUAAUACUAAGCAUAAUCAAGGUGUUAUCAACUCUAUUAACACUCUUGUUUCACAUUAUGAUAAUGAAACCGAUUUGGUUGAUAAGUUAACUGUGAAGGAAUUAAAUCUUCGCUCUUUGAAUUUGUAA